AUGGCACGGAAGUAUCUCGGAGGCUCAGGCAGUGCCUUGACUGUCUGGAUCUCUCUGGCAGCAUCGACGGUGUUGGUCUUUUACGGUUAUGACCAGGGUGUUUUUGGAAAUGUCCUGGUCGGCAAGAACUUUCUAGAUCAGAUGGGGAAUCCCUCCGCGAAAGACCAAGGAACAAUGACUAGCGUUUAUAAUCUGGGGUGCUUUGCCGGCGCGAUGUCCACCCUUUACACCGGAGACAAACUUGGUCGCCCACGCACGUUGUUACUGGGGUCCUCCGUGAUUGCAAUUGGCGCCGUCAUCCAGACGGCGUGCUGGUCCAUGGGCCAGAUGAUGGCAGGCCGAGUCGUUGCUGGCCUGGGAACUGGCAUGAAUACAGCCACGGCGGGUGUCUGGCAGUCUGAGACCAGUAAAAUGCGAAGCCGUGGGAAACUGGUCAUCAUUCAGAUGGCCAACUGCAUCACAGGCUUCUGCAUUUCGAAUUGGCUGACAUUGGGAUUCUCCUUUGCACCAGGAAGUGUGGCCUGGCGGUUCCCGUUGGCAUUCCAAGCCUUCUUCACCGCACUCGUCUGGAUGAUGUGCCCGUUCUUACCUGACUCGCCCCGUCUCCUCAUCCGAAAAGGUAGAUAUGAAGAGGCUCUUGAAGUUUUGGCAGCCCUGGAGGGAAAUGGCGCGACCCCGGACUCCCCGUCUGUUCGGACCCAGUUCAACAUCAUCAAAGACGUUCUUGACCGCGAACAUGCGAACACGUACUCUUGGUGGCAGCUUCUGACCGGUCGUGGACCAUCUGGUGUUCUUCGAAGAAUGAUACUGGGUGCUUGGAUGCAAGCAAUGAACCAGAUCAGUGGGAUCAAUGUGACCUCAUAUUUCCAAACUUAUAUCUUCAUUCAUGCCAUCAAUUUGAGCGAACUUAUAGCUCGCAUCCUCGCUGCCGCCGGGUCGGUGGACUACCUCAUCUUCAGUUUCCUCGCAUAUUUCGUGAUUGAGCGAUAUGGUCGGCGACGAGUGAUGAUUUGUUCGGCCGCUGCGUGUUCUACCUGCUGGACCGUCAUCAGUAUUGCUCUCGGUCUUUCUGAAACUGGCAAGGCCAACGACUACAAGAUGGGUGCUCUUGCUACGACCUUCUUUUUUGUUUUCUUUGCUAGCUUCGGGCUCGGCGUCCUCGGUGUCCCGUGGCUAUAUCCGACGGAAAUCAACCACAUCUCGUUUCGAGGCAAGGGAGCCAGUCUGGCCAUGGCCACCAACUGGAUCAUGAACUACAUGGUGGCACAGGUGACACCGCCCGGCAUCUCGAACCUCGGGUACCGGUUCUGGAUCAUCUGGGCCGUGAUAUGUGCAUCCUUUGUGCCAAUCACCUACUUCUUCUACCCGGAGACGGCUAACCGGACCCUCGAGGAUAUCGACCGCUACUUUGAAGAGCACCGCAACAUCUUUGUCCAUCGUGACAAGUUCGCCACGCAGCUCCAGCGGCCCGAGGUCUGGGCCGAGAUGGACCAGGAGUUCGCCAGACGUGUGAAUGAGGAGAAACUUGGGCCUGGCGUUGGCGAGAGACAGAUCGAGGUGCACGUGGCCGGUGAGGACGACAAGGCAGCAGCUACCAACAACAACAAUGGUGGCAAUGUCGAGUAUUUGGAGAAGUGA